GUCACGCUUUGGUCUUUUGUGAGCGGUUCCCUCCCUAGUUCAUCAUUUUGUUUAGAAUUCAGGAUAAAAACGGUACAAGUUCCUCCCUAAGACCUUGUUCUUCCUAAAUUUUGUCGCGAUUGUGCCUUAGAAAAGGGACAGAUGUUCUUUUACCGACCACAUGUUUGAUUAGAAUGGCACGCCCCACGUGGAUAUUGAUUGCAUUUGCCCUGGUGCGAACUCCAAUCACCGAGGCGUUGGAGAAAUGGCACCACUUGCAAGACAGACUUGACCUGAAAAAGGAUGCUGAGAAGACCUUCAGUCCAACGGAAAAAAUAUUCAUCAACCAGUUGUGGGAUCAGGAGAAGCUAAGGAAGUCUGAGCCGGAUAAGUACUUCACUUUAUACGAAGGAGACUUGCACCUGACCGAUGUGCAAAAGAAGAGGUGGACGAUUUAUGGAUUUCACUUCGGUAACACCAUGAACGGUGUCGCCGACCCUUGGCCGAAAGGUGUGAUCAAAUAUCGGUUUUCCGACAGUGAAAAGGUUAAGGAUAAAACUGUUGUUGUUCAAGCUAUGCAGAGCUGGAGUGAGCGCAUACCUUGCAUAAAAUUCAAGGAGGACAAGUCAAGUAGCGAAAAAAAGGUUUUGCUAAUAGUUCAGCGCAAGCUAUCUUUCGCCUCCCUGGGCUACCGUCCAGAAAGAAAACAGCAUCUGCUGUCAAUUGCGGAGGUCGCCCAAACGAAACCAGUCAUCAUACAUCUACUAGGACAUGUUCUGGGGCUACCGCAUUCACAUUCUCGCCCUGAUCGAGACCGAUUUCUCAUCUGGAUGAGACAGAACGUGGAGCUUGACGACAUUCUGUACGUGAAUCAGAAACAGGACUGUCCAUACGACUUCAAUUCCGUUAUGCACUACGAUGCCACAGCUUUUACGAUGAACAGGAACGGUGAAUCGUCAUUUAUUAUCCGAAGAAUUGACUGGUCAGAUGACCCAGACAUAAAAAAGCAGGUACAGAAACGUGGCGAUGUGGCCUACCAGAUGGGCUAUGUGUUGGGUAGAUGGCUGUCGCCUACGGUCUCUGAUACCUACCGCGUGGAGACCGGCUACGGCUGCUCCAUCACCCACGCAUGCAUCCCAGCUGGCUACAAAUACGAGGACUUUAACAUGCUUCCUCUGCGCUCGUCCAUCAAGAACUUUGACUACAAGUUCCUGGUGAAAGCCGAGGACCAGUACGCAACUGCCUUCACCUUCAACCCGAACAACAUGAAGACCGACUUCCUCUACGACACCCUCUACGCCAGCUUGCAGACGAUCACGACCGAGGCGUCGUGCCAGCGGAUCAUGAUCGUGAUGCAGAUCGCGCAGCGGCCCACCACCGACCAGAUGGCCUUCUGGCUCCUCACCGGCUGCACGUUCAUGCAGAUCGAGAUAUACGACCACAUCUGGGACCUGCACAACGUCUACUGCGCCGCGCAGUUCGCGCGCAUGUACCGCAAGGUCUUCUUCACGUCCAUCGACCCGCUGGUGAUCUUCCGUGUGCACAAGCUGGAUCAUCCGGCCGUGCGCAGCAUGGAGGAUGGCGUGAUCAAGUCGUCCUUCUACACGGACUACGUGUGCACGGGCCAGGCCAACACGGUGCCGGCAUGCCAGGGUGUCUCGGAUAGCAUGUAGUGGGGGCCCGGUGGCUGGAGCGGGCUGGACCGGGCCCGGCCGGGGCGGCGCGGCCUGUCACUGUGAGGCCGUCCUCCAGGUCAGCUCAGGUGAACUCCGCCGGCGGACAGCCCAACCCCUCCCCCUGUCGCGUAACCGCACGUCGGCCAGUGAUCAGUGGUCAAUGUUGACUGACCGCUGGUCAGUGGUCGGUGCUCAGUGACCCCCGGCAAGAGAUCAGUGAUCACUGACCACCAGUCAAUGAUCAGCGUUGGUUGAGUGACA